CUGCUGAAGACUCCAGUUAUUUCUGCGGCUCGCUAACGCCCCGGAAGCUACCCCUUCUCGGGGGUCAUGAUGGGCAGUAAGAUGGCGUCCGCCAGCAGGGUCGUUCAGGUAGUCAAGCCACAUACUCCAUUAAUAAGGUUCCCUAACAGAAGAGACCAUCCUAAACCCAAUGUAUCAGAAGUUCUGAGCUCAGCAGGACUACCGUCUCAUUCUUCUUCAAUUUCACAGCACUUUAAGGGAAGUAAAUCGACAGAUUGGCCGAUGCAUCAGGGGCCACCAGACACUGCGGAAAUAAUAAAAACAUUACCUCAGAAAUAUAGAAGGAAACCUAUGUCUCAAGAAGAAAUGGAAUUUAUCCAGCGUGGAGGUCCAGAAUAAUCACUGACAGUGGCUGCUGUUUGUCAUCAGACAGAAGGAUAGUCUUGCAAUAAAGGACUUCCAACAUGACAAAUGAGAAAUUGUACAUUAAACACCUUAAAUAUUCUGUAAAAAAGCUAUAUAGAAAAUUCAGACGGACACUUAUAACAUCUCAUAAUUUAUGUAUCUUGGUCAGCUCCUCCACAAGCUUACCUAAUUGUUUAUAUACUUUAUACUUAUUAAAGUACACAUUUAAAAUGUUAGCCUAUUAUUUUACUCUUAAUUAUUAAGUAUUAUUAGUGUUGAACUAUUAAAAGAACACAAUGUCUAGUAAACCAUCAUGUAUUUCCCAUAAUUUCAUUUUUCUUUCAGUUUCUAUUUAGAUAUGAAUUUAUGGGGCAGAAUUGCUGCUUUUUGGAAGUGAUUUUUAUGAAAUUGGAUGAGUAUCAGUGAAAUAAUGUCUCCAUUAUUUAUUCUUAAUUCUUUUUUUUAAUUUAGUUAUUGUUCAAGUACAGUUUUCUGUUUUUUACUCCCAUCCCAGCCCCCCCCCCAGUGCUCCCCAUAUUCUUGAUUCUCUUAAUAUUUUUUUCAUUCACAAAGUUAGUGGAGUAACUGGCUUAAUAAGCACAUCCUACUCUGAACGAUAAAAAUAUAGCCAAAGUCUAUAUAGCCAAUAUAGACUUUGUGGUAGUAAGACAGGGGAGUUAACACAAAAGAUUAUUUGUCACCUAUUUUUAGAAAAAAAGUCAGUAUAAAAUCAGAGAUCAACAUGAAUAUAGUAUAGGUAUAAUGGCCAAAAUUGGCAAUUUCUUAUGUUUUUAAGGGUAUUAAGAAAGUGUUGUUUUUUGGUUUAUUUUACUGUUUUGAUUGUAAUAAUGUAUGCAAAUCCUGGUAACCAUUAAUUUUCUCAAACUUAAUGUCUGAAAGCUUCAUAAAAUCAACCUAAAUAUUUACCUUGUUAAGGUGAUAUAUGAAACUUUAAAAAGGUCUUCUUGUGCCAAGAGUAUAUAUUAUUGUGAAAGUAAAGUCUCAUAAAGUGAAAUAAAUUUUCUUCCAUACCUUUA